AGUGUGCCUCCCAUAAUUAGGGCAACGUUUUACAAGCGUUCAAUUCGGUUUGAUUGCCUACUAGAUGUGGAAGAAAUCUUCUCAUUUUCUUAUGGGCAACAUUGGCUGAAGAUAUUACACGCAUUAAACGAUGGAGGAGCCAACUAAUGAUAAUACAACGGCUGAAGAGCUUUUCAACUCGCUGUUGGGCGAGCGCUCCAGGGAGGCAGAGAAAGAUGCAACGGAAGAUCUUACAAAACAAGUGAUCGAAGCGAACAAGAAGGACGGCCUAGCUGUUGAUGAGGCUAACGAUACACAAAACGACGAACACCAAGUGCCAAUCGUUAGCACUUCUGAUGAGAUCGCCGAACCACCGAGAAAAAAGCAAAAACCUUCGGAAGUGAACUCGACCGGUGAUGAAGUGGCAACAGUGUUAUCGGAAAGUCUACAAGAAACAAGAAAUGAUCGAGAACAUAACUCGGGUGUCGCAUUUGGCUCUAAUUCAUGCGAAUUGUUAAGUAUGAAUGGUCCAAUCAAACGUAGACGUUCAUUAGUAAGCGAGAUCAAAGACGGCAAAACAGACGAGCCAAAUAGAAGUAGUUCUGCACUUAAUGUGGCAGAAAUGUCAACCAAAAAACCAACGGCCCUAGAAGUGUUGGUUAUUGAUGAUGAAGAUGAAGAUGUUUCGAACGCUAGACCAAGUGAAGCAGGAAACGAUACUAAGAAAUGUGUAUUGGAAGACAGUGGCCAACGGGAUUUACACACAAGCGGGCUCGAAAAUACUGCCAGUAAAUCUUCUGCAAAGAGAGCGAAAAUGGCUGAAUGUGGUACAUUGAGCAACGGGAAGAAGAGUUUUCCUGGCGUCAACCCAGGUGCGAAAAACGAAGAAGAUAAAGAAAAAAUACGAAAGGAACCGAUUGUGUUAAGAAUGGAUUUUCUAAGAAGAUUCGCACGUUCUUUGACAACCUUGACUCGAUCUGAUCUUGAAGUACUAGUCAUGCAGAAAGUUAUGGAGGCGAUCGUAUAUUCGGAAGAGAUGGCCGAGCUGCGCAAGGAAACUACGAAGCAGGGUGCAAUGUUGAUCGCGUACAGGCAACGAAUUACGGAUUUGUCCAAGAGGUUGAGUGAUCUUAUGCUGAUUCAAAACCGAGUGUUAAGCGAAUUGGAAAAACGCUCGAAUCGACAGGUACUGCCAGUUAAAAUAACACGGAACGUCGGAAUUCAGAUAUCGGUCCCAAGACACUGGUGCUCUGAAAUGGAAGAACAACCGUUUCGCUCCGCUGCAGGGAGCACUCCACCCACAACGGGCCCGAAAGAGUGCUUGCCGAAUAGUCCAACGAACGUUUCUUUAACGUCAGCUAACGGCGCUUCACAGACGCUACAAACAAAUGCAGUUGCAGCCGUGCCCCAAACCGUCGCCAACUCGACCAAGCAUUCCAGUACUAACACCGCGCGACAACCACAAACGACGAGCGUAACUCGAAAUUCAGUGGUUAGCUCCAACGGUGCAUUGCUUUCGAAUGGUGGAACCAACAAACAGUCAGCGAUGGCUCCAAGUAGCGACCAUCGUUCUACAAACUCACCAAAUCCGAAAACCACCGAGUCCUCAACAUCAUCCAGCAUUACCAGUGUAACGAACGGCAACAAUGUAGCAAGGAACACAUCCGACAGCAAUCAUGGGGGAACUCGAAAGUCUUGUCACAAAUUCACUCCAAUGAGGGCUCCAAUGUCAGCCCAGCAACAAGCACAGCACCUAAAGCAUGCUCGUGAACAGCAGGAAUACAUGGUACAGCAGCAAAUCAAGUGCCAACAAGCACAACGACAGCUGCAGACUCUUGACACAAGCAAAACUGACCAGUCAAAGAGCAAUGCUGCGCGUAAAAGUACGUCAGCUGACUCGGUACACAUCCCCAGACCGUUACCGAGCGGUAUUCGACGAGAGGCAGGACCAACAUCGACUACAUCACGACCUACCAACUCUUCUCUGAUCGAUUUGACGGACGAAGACGAUAUGCCACGAAAGUCGACCAGCGCUGCCAGACCAACACUCCGGAUGAAUGCGAAUGUUCCGACGCGAUCAUCGCCCAACGUCACCACUUCCAGCACCAAUGGUCAGCUGAUACGAGUUUCUGAGCAAGCAAACCAGCAACGUUCACAGGGAAUGGAAAAGCAUGUACUAAACGGUCAGAUACGUCCGAAUUUGAGCCAAAAACCAACUACAACAAGUGCCAAAUCGACAAUGGUUGCAAAAGGUGUACCGUUACUAGCUAACGCUAGACGUCCAUUAUCGAGACAUCCGGCACCGCUACCGGUGCAGUUAUCGGCGGUUGAUACACAAACACCCAAUCCAGGAUGGGGGCUACCGCCCCCCCAGCCAGCGAUACGAAUAAUCAACAUCGAAAGCGGCAUUGUUAUUUCUUGGGGAAUGGACGACCUCACGCCCCUUCAUGCUGACAUCGGAACGUAUCAAAUCUACGCGUACCAGGAAACGUCCGAAACGCCAACACCAGAAUCAUGGCGCCACGUUGGCAACGUUGAUGCACUUAAUCUGCCCAUGGCCGUGACGUUAACACACUUCCAGGAAGGGCAGCGUUACCAUUUCGCCGUACGUGCGAUCGACGUCCAUAAACGUAUAGGAAAAUUCAGUGAACCGCGUACCUGGAGUGAUCGCCAGAAUUAAAGUCGACCUUUUCAUUACACUAUGCGCUACUACGGUGGCAAGCCACAUUUUACCACAGAUCGCUUUUACUUUCCGCCAGAGAUUUGUUUUCUGGAGAGAAAUGUGGCGAGAGCAAUGCAUUUCGACAGUGCUUGCUCAGUUCAGUAACAUAC